GUCAAAAGGAAACAAAUAGAAAAUUAUUCAAAAAAAAUACAAAAACAGUGCAAAAAUGUUUUAUGAUAAAAAUGCAUCGUUUUUGUUAAACCAAACAUCAUACAUAACAAGUGAAAUUUACCACGCCUUAAACCAAAAUAGCAGUGAUAUACAUAUCAUAAGAUCAACAAGUACCUUAUUCUAUGAUCUGGAUCUGAUAGCAAAAAGACAUUCUUAUCACUUUGUUCCGCAAUACCCUAUUUCAGAAAGGAAAAUAGCAAAACGAAAUAGUGAAAAAUCUCAUAAAAAUAUUAUAUUUGCAGCAAAAUCAGAAACUAUCAUUCAAGAAUGUGCUACACAAAUUAAAUCAACACCUAAAAGAUUAGACAGUUUAGAAAUCAUAUCAAAAAAGAUGAAAAAGAGAUCUCGCAAUGAUAAUAAUAAUAUGCUUUCUUCAGAAAUUUUCCUUAGAGACAAUGAUUAUACAAAAAGUAUAUCUGAUUCUAUUGUAAAUAAUGAAAAUAAUCACGCUCAAAAAUUUUGGUCAUCUGCCAAAUAUCAAAAACAGUAUACAAAUCCAAUACCAGCAAAGAAAAAAAGUAAAAUGAAAGACCAAGGCAAACGCACAGAAGAUCCUUGCCCUUGCCAGUUGUUUUCGUAUGCCUGCCCAUGUACAGAUAAAUCACUUACAGAACUAGCAAAAAAUAGGAGUCUUACAGUUGCAGAUCAAAUAACCAGUACUCCAAAUUUUUUGCCCCAGGAAGAUAAUAAUAAUAAGUAUAAUCAAAUGAAAAAAUCUAAAUGUAGUGCGAAUUAUGAAGAUGAGCCUACUCACAGAAAUGUUACUGAAUUUCCAAAGAAAUAUGAAAUGACGGCUGUUUAUCAGGAACCUGUUACUAAUAAUAACGAUAUCCCAAAACUUAUCGAGGAUAAGGGUCAAAAUAGGAAUAAAGGGUUAAAAAACGGAAAAAAGUGGAAAGUAGACCUCAUAAGAAAUCUAAACCAGUAAUUUGCCCUAACUGUAAAGAAAUAUUAGAAAUUUUAAGUACUGAAGAUGAAGAUAGUCUUAAAUCGAAGACAUCU